AUGACCAAGGAGGCGGGAACACCAGUGUCUCUCCCCACCUACCUCCCGUUUCCAAGCGGCAGCCCCCUGCGCCUGCGCUCUGCACAGCUGCGAGCCCUGGCGCUGGGAAAACGAAGCGGCGGCUGGUUGCGCUGUUCAUAUGGCAACGGGGCGCGAGCUGUAAACACGCGGGCUGCGCGCGGGGAGGGACCAGGACCGGGACGGGGCUCGGACGCCGGGGCUGUGGCUGCAGCGCGGGUUCCUCUGGCGGCGCCUCUGCGCUCCGUGGGCUCCGCCGGGAGGGCUCCCGUUUGCCUCGCCAGGCGCUGGGCACGAGGCGCGAUGGGCUGUUCUAGCAGCGCCCAGACCCAGGACAGCAACCGGCCGGCUGCAAAACCCAGCGACACCAACGGGCUGCAGAAAUGUGGUGAGACGGGAGAAAAAGUGGAAACUGAGAAGCACAGUGAGCUAGUAAGUGAGGGGACUGAAAUAAAAGAAGAAGAAGAAACAGGAGAAGCUGUGGAUGCUACAGCAGCAACAGAGAUAGAGGCAAUGAAUAACGAGGAAUGAGAGUCAGGUCUAUAUGGACUUCCUCUUCUUGGUCCUAUCAGCUGUUCAAAUGAACAUUCUUUAAUCUAAUCGCUUUUGGGGGAAAACAUGAGGAUUUUAAAAAGCUUUUAUGGACUUCGCUACAAGCAUUAACAAAGGGCACCAGAAAAAAUCUAAGUAUUUUUCCUGAAGUCAAGUUGCCAAGACUUCAACAAGUAAUUGAAAUAUAUGAACUUUUUACCUAUCUGCCAUAGAGUGCCUUCUAUACGCUGCUAAUAGAGUGGAAAGAAUUGUCAUAUAAAACAGUCUAACUGCUCAAUUUUUUUAAAGAGUUUUCCAGGUUAAAAUGAGUAACUUAAAAUCCAUCUGAGGGACACUUAUAAUUGGUACCAACUAGCAUUAUACAGGAUGCAAAAGAUACAAUACUGCAUGUUGUUUCAAUGUUAGUGCUAGGUUGAGAUCAGAAACAUAGGUCCAGUCCUGAUCCCAAACCUUACACAGGUGAGUAGUUUCAGUGAGUGCAUGGAAUACUCAUGUUUAUCAAGUUGCUCAAGUGCGUAGAUAUAUACAGGAUUAGGACCUGAGAGCAUCAUUUAACAGGACCUAGCUAGAUGCAACAAUCAGUUUUUCAAGAAGAUAAAGAAUACAUAGGGUGUGACACUAUAUGAGGACAAAUGUCUUUUGGUGACUUUACAAAAAAAGGUUACUGAUAGGAUAGCAGUAGCACAUACACUUGGUAACUAUUGCGGUGGAAGAACGCAUUUAAAAUAUUUUAUAUUGUAUUAUGUAUUUUAUGCUCAUAGUAUCAGUCCUGACACAACUAAGGAAGUACAAAAAGAAACUUUGAAAUUACUAAAACUCAGAUGGAUACAAAUUAUUAAUAAAAUUACAUUUAGACACUGUAUAGUUUCUAAAAUAAUUAUAAAAUAAAAUAAUUAUAAACAUUCUAGCCACAUUUUCCUGAUAAGUGUUAUCUUUAAAAAAAAAAAUUAUACUGUAUGGAUUCUUACUUGGUUUACAACAUGCUAAAUAGCUCCUGAAGCUGAAGUUGAACAAUGAAGCCUUUCAACAUAAACUUCUUGUGGAAACAAGCCUGGAAACAGCUGAUUUCACGGAUGUGAUAGAGGAUAAAUCUGUCCUGAUACUGAACAGGAAGAAAGGCACCACUGAUUAUCGCUGGGACUGCAUUGGCAAAACUCUUUGGCAUAAGAAAUCAAAGGACUGCAGUCAGGGAGAAAAGUGAGGUUUUUCAGAAUGGGUGAGCACUUAUUGGCUCCAUUUAGGAGGUCUUCACAUAAGUGUUAAAGAUAAACACAAUAUAUAAAAUACUUAGAGACAAAGUCUGCAUUGUGUGUGCACAUCUGACUCCAGCUGGCUUUGGUUUGUGUUAAAUAUUUAGAUUUAUAUCCAUUGCCUUUUAAUUUUUCACUUCAGCUAAUAUUGGUUAAGUUUGCUGUGUUAUUUCUUACAGUCUUCUAUUUCUUAAUGUCCUGUUCAGACUAUUGAAGUUAACUAUGUUUUGAUUAAGAUAGGAAACACCACCAGUUUUAGGUUGGAAGUACCCCUUAUCCUUAUCUGCAGCCUACAUGUUGUAUCAAGUCACAGUUAUUUUAUGGGGUUCUAUGUUCUUUGCAAUUCCAUAGAUGAAACAAAUGUAAUCAGUUAAAUUUUCUACUGAAUAUGCUGCUGUUUUAAAAAUGCUGCAGCUUUUACAAAACACAGGUAAAAUGUGUGUCUUUUUUUUUGUUUUCUUUAAAAUUUCUGUUGUUCGAUGUUCUUGGGGCCUUUUUACUAGUUCUCUAAUAUUGGACUAAAAUCAAAUCAAAGUGACUGCCCCUUGUUACUUUUUUCUGAUAUACAGUUCCAAUAUUGGCACAGAAAUAUAAAACAUUUUAAAGGGUUUAAAUAUACUAAUAGUAAUUAAGUGUAGGCAUUCCAAUCAACAAGACCAGAAAUAGUAGCAGCAGCAGUGGAGCUUCAUUAGCUUUUUAAAUAUAACUUUAUAAAUAAUUAAGAUAACCUAUAGAUUGUGCAAUCUCAUUACCAUGGCACUAGCUGCGUAUCAGUGGCCUCUUCAAAGAAACAAGUGAAAAGAUCCAUAUAUGUCACACCAUACAACUUUUUUGAAAUCAUGUAGCAAUUUUUAAUUGGAAGAAAAAGGACUGUGAGCCUGCCAAUGUCUCAGCAAUACUUGCCUUCCUCAAACACAGUCACUUCCUUGUGUACUUCAUGAUUACAGGUAGCAUAGAUGUUACUUCAUCCCAUCCAUUCUAAAAGCAAACGAGCUUUUCUGAUUGUAUGUGGAAAACAAUAAGCUGCCACAAAAACUAUUUUUACUCUCCAAAUUACUCUAUCACUACCUCCAGAAAUAAGACCAGCACUAACAUUCUCAUGCUAGUAAUGCCAAUGUUCUGUAAGAUACCAAAGUAUACACUGUUACCUAUA